AAAGAACUUUCCAAUGGGACGUCUGAAUAUUUUACUGAAUCUGCUGAGAGCAAGAAGCUGAAGAUUAGCCUCAAUGAACAAAUAAAGCAAGACAUCUUGAAAAAAAUUGUGAAGAGGACCAAAAAAAGGAAAAGUAGCACAAGCAAACCUCAAAGCAGCAAGGGCUCCAAGAAAGUGUGUCUUGGCUCAGUGGACUUGCAGAGCGGGAACAGAAAGAAUGACUGUCCAACUUCUCUCAGUCCUCAAUCAGAAAUGAAGUGUAGGAGUACAGGACUGCUAAAGGACUGCGUGAAUACAGCUGAGAGCACCUCAGAGCUUCCUGGUGUAGAGCUGGAAAAUCAUGUUAAUCAGAGACAGCCAGAUGAUGUUAGCAGCCAGCAAAAACCUCGCUCUCUGGAGUGCUUGAAGUCGAGUCUUCUGAGUGAGAACCUUCCUUCUAGCUCUGAGUCAGCACUGCUAGGUCCAAAACAAAGUCAAAAUGUGACCAAAACACAGGUUCAACCAAAGAGCUGUGAUUCAGAAGAAAAGUUAGAGCAUUUCAACAAAGUAUCCUCUGAAGGGGCUUCUGUAAUUUCUAGCAAUACAGAAGUGGGUGAGUGCAAUGAUGAUUGCUUAGGUCCAUUCCUGAAGGAUAAGACCCCACUCAAUUCCAGUUUGUUUUCUAAACAAGACAUGACAAAGACAGUGACUGAUGAGGAGUCGCUAACAUUGAGAAAAAACCUCUCCCGGCCUCUUUCUGUGAGGAACCACACAGUGCAGACGAACCAGAAGGAGCCAAGCACAACCACUGAAGAAUUGCCUGUGACACCAUCAUCUUGUGUAGGACUGCAGCCUGUGUCUUCAGAGGAGCUUGUCCAAAAAAGAAAAACGGAAGUUGGAAAUGGUCUCAGGAAGUUAAAACUGCGAAGGCUGAAGAAGUCGUGA